AUGGCUUCAGGACAUCUGUACCUUCUACUCUUCACCCUUGCCUUGGCCCAGGUGAGCUGUGGGGAGCGUCAAGACCAUGAUGCCCCUUCUUUAGCCUUCGUCUUUGAUGUGACCGGCUCUAUGUAUGACGACCUCAGACAAGUGAUUGAAGGAGCCAACCGGAUUUUGGAACGCACUCUGACUCGCAGGACCAAAGCCAUCAGCAGCUAUGUACUGGUCCCGUUCCAUGACCCAGAGAUCGGACCUGUCACCAUUACAACAGACCCAGAAAAAUUCAAGAUGGAAUUGGAGGAGCUGUACGUCCAGGGCGGGGGCGACUGUCCCGAGAUGAGCGUGGGAGCUAUUAAAACAGCCGUGGAGGUCUCUCAGCCCGGCUCCUUCAUCUACGUCUUCACUGACGCCCGGGCCAAGGAUUUCAGGAAGAAGCAAGAGGUUCUGCAGUUACUACAGCUGAAACAGUCUCAGGUUGUGUUUGUGCUGACUGGAGAUUGUGGUGAUCGGAGCCACCCAGGGUAUCGUGUAUAUGAAGAGAUAGCAGCUACCAGCUCUGGGCAAAUAUUCCACUUGGACAAGCAGCAAGUUAAUGAGGUGCUGAAGUGGGUGGAGGAAGCGAUCCAGGCGUCCAAGGUCCAUCUAUUGUCCACGGAUCACGAGUCGUCAGGGGAGAGACAGUGGGAGAUACCAUUUGACCCAAGCCUUAAAGAGGUGACCAUCUCUCUGAGCGGCCCCGAGCCCCUUAUUGAGGUCACCGACCCCACUGGAAAAGUGCUCUCCGUUAGCCAGGGGCUGGAGGAGCUGCUCAGGAUCCCUAAUUCAGCUCUUGUGUUGGGACUGAAGCCGACUGUGUCUGGAAUAUGGGUCAUUAAGAUCGGCAGCAGCGGGCGUCACACAGUCAGGGUCACUGGGGUCAGCACCUUGGAUUUCCGUGCUGCUUUCUCCACCACAGCCAUUGUAGACCCUCUGAAAGUCAUUGAGCGGCCAAUAAGAGGAAUCCCCAUCUCAGCCCUCAUUAACUGCUCGGGCCUCACUCCUCCGGGACAUGUGAACCAUCUGGACCUGCUGCGAGUGUCCGGAGAAUCCUACUUCUCUCUUCCGGCAGAACGUUUACCAUACAAGCGCAGCAAACAGCUAUGGACGGUGCCUCUAUUCCAGUCGCCCAAGGGAAGUUUCUUCAUGAAAGUCAAUGGAACCGACCACAAUGGGUACAAGUUCCAGAGGCUCUCCAAUGUGGCGUACACCAGCAUCAUACCGGAUGUUCCUGCAGUGACAAUGGCGCCACUUAUCCAGGGCUACCACCAGAGGGCGCUCACCAUUACGUGCUUAGUUCUUAGUGACAUUCCAUUCAGAGUGCGGUUCUCCAGGGAUGGGGAGAGGCUCGGCGAAGAGCUGCUCUUCGCGGAAUCGAGCAACGCCACCUUUGAGAUCACAUCUGCAUCCGCUCGCCAUGAAGGCAUUUACCAGUGUACAGCCAUCAGUAAUGCAGGGGCAGGAUUUGCUCAGACCCAAGUGUCCAUUGCAGAUCCCCCUCCAACGAUCUCGCUCCACCCUAACAUCACAGUGUCAGUCGGUGACUUGGCAGUCCUCUCCUGCCAGAUCCUUGGAGAUGUCCGUUUCAACCUCACCUGGCAGCACCAUGGAAAAGCACUGAAAGAAGGACGGUUAUGGAUCCUGCCAAACUCAUCCUUACAGAUUCAGAAUGUGCAGCCUGGUGAUGCAGGGCAUUACCAGUGCACUGCCAGGAACAACCAUGGCUCCACCAUUGCCAGCGUUUGGCUUGCUGUCCAAGAGCCUCCCCAUAUACAGAUUGAAUCAAGCUCCACUCAGUUGUCUUAUGGAGGAGAAGUCAGGAUUCGCUGCGAUGUUUCUGGGUUCCCUGAGCCCCAAAUAUCUUGGAAACAUGGGGACAUCUUCCUGAACAAUUACGGCAAACAUACGAUCAUUAACGGUAACAUCCUGCUGAUUAAGGACCCGAGCCAAGAGGAUUCUGGGAACUACAGCUGUAUAGCUUCUAAUGCCUUAGGGACAGAUGAGCAGUCAUUAACCCUGACGUACAGCGAACGCCCUACAGCGACUGCUGUAAAAUCUACAAUACAAGUGGCCAUCGGGGAGGACGCCGUGCUGGAGUGUGGGACUGAAGGUCUGCCUCAGCCGCUGGUCGCAUGGUACAAGGGUGACAAGGAAGUUAAAGGUCCUGUCAGUGGCUCAUAUGGUGGGACGCUGACUCUUCAGGAGGUGACAGCCGAGGAUGCCGGGGAGUACACCUGUGUCGCUUCCAAUGAUGCAGGGUCAUCAUCAGAUGUCAUUAAAGUGGAAGUGGGAACACCACCACAGUUUGUGGAUUUUCCUCUGGAUGCAGAAGUAGAUGUCGGGGGGAGUGUGCAGCUCAUUUGCAGCGCUGAGGGGAUCCCCUCUCCCAUCGUUUCCUGGCUCCGGCAAGAUGAAGGCCCAGUGCUGCCCUCUGGAACCACAGAAAUCAUUGACAGCCCCGGCUCAAACACAGUCCACAUGAAAGUUGCUAGACCGGAGGAUACCGGCGUGUACGUGUGUGAGGCCAGGAACCCCUUCGGUUGGAUCCAGGCUGAGAUCCUGCUCACGGUCACUGGACUCGUGGCCCCACAGAUAGCUGUGGCCCCAUCUGAGAUUACUGUUCUCGAAGGAGAGCCUGUGUCCCUGCCCUGCGCCGUCACUGCUGGUAACCCCCUUCCUGUGCAGCGAUGGCUGAAGGACUCUACACCUCUGCAGUUCUUUUGGCGUCACUCUAUUGAUGAAGUUGGGGGACUGCGCAUAGAGCCGGCCUUGAGAGAGGAUUCUGGGAGCUACAUGUGCGAACUCUCCAAUGCUGCAGGAUCAGCUAAUCACAGCAUCCACCUGCAGGUCCAAAUGGCUCCAACCAUUGCGCCUGGACCUACGGACUAUACCACCCGAGAGGGGAGGGCUGUCACAUUAUCAUGUAACGCCAAAGGACACCCACAACCUGUGGUGACGUGGACAAAGGGUGAAGAGGUCCUGUCUCCAGAGAACGGCCAUUAUCAAAUAAACAGGGAUGGAAGCCUCUUGAUUACGCUGCCCUCUGGUGCGGACACUGGUCAUUACACCUGCACAGCCACAAAUCAGGUGGGGGCCACUAGCCAAGUGUCACAGCUCAUAGUACACACAAAGCCCAGAAUAAAUGUGAAUGGAUCACAUGACCUAGGCACCCCGAUCCACGUCGUAGCCGCCUUGGGAGCAGAGAUCACCUUACCGUGUGAUGUGCAGGGUGUGCCUCCACCCACUGUCUCCUGGAGGAAGGACUCUUUACCCCUGCCCAUAGUGUCUGCCAGACAUCACUUGCUGCCUUCCUGGUCUCUCAAGGUGUCAGAGCUGCGGGUGAUGGACGGCGGAUAUUACACCUGCCUAGCGUCCAACCUCGCAGGAAACACAUCGCUCACCUACAGCCUAGAAGUGCAAGUUCCCCCACGUGUCCACCCUGGACCUAAGCUGCUGAAGACUCUCCUGGGACGCUUGCUGGCUCUCCCCUGUGUGGCACAUGGAGACCCCAUGCCCAGGCUCAGUUGGUAUAAGGAUGGUGUAGCUUUAAGGGUAGGAGACCAGGACUCCUUGCCGGGUCCGGACGGCACCAUUAGUGUUCUCGAGGUACAGAUUCUGGACUCUGGUCUGUACCGCUGUGUGGCCUUCAGCAGCGCCGGAGAAGAUUCCCUGGAAUUCCGUCUGGAGGUUCUAGAGCCACCAAAUUUCAAGGAGAACUCCGACAUCUUGUUGGAGCAUACCACACAUGCGCCAGUAAUUGUGGACUGUCCUGUACAAGGGACUCCAACUCCAAUGAUCCGCUGGUUAAAAAAUGGAGUAGUCCUCAGCAGAAACCUGCCAGGGGUCACUCAACUGGCCAACGGUUCUCUGCUGAUCGAGUCGCCCGUCCCUAAUAACAGCGGCGACUACAUCUGCCUGGCCACGAAUGAAGCCGGCUCGGCGAGGAGGAAGACUAAACUGGUGGUGUACGCCCCACCCAGGAUCCUGGAGAACGGACAAGCCCAAAACAUCUCACUGAUGGCCAGCCAGACCUUGAUAUUGGGGUGUGAAGUGAAUGGGGUUCCCUUUCCUACUGUAACCUGGAAAAAAGACGACAAGAUUCUCACUGAGGCUCCAGGGAUCAGCCUCCAAUCAACAGGCCAGUCUCUCCGAUUUCACCGGAUACGUAAGGAAGAUUCAGGGUCAUACACUUGCCGGGCCGUAAACCGCGCAGGAGAGGCUCAGCGCAACUACAAUGUUAUGGUGUUCGUCCCUCCUACGAUUUAUGGAGCCGGAUCUCUCCAGGAGCUGACUGCAAAGGAAGGAGCAGAGGUCGAGCUUCACUGUAGGACGUCAGGGCUGCCAGUGCCCCAUAUGGAAUGGACCAAGGACGAGCAGCCGCUGGCACCUGGAGACUCUCAGAUUCAGCUCCUUGAAGGCGGACAGGUGCUCAGAGUGAACAGCACGAAGCUGCAGCACCAGGGCAGAUACCAGUGCCUGGCAUUUAAUCACGCAGGGCAACAAGUCAAGGGCUUCAGCCUGAAGAUCCUCACUCCCCCCACAGUCUGGUCAUCCAAUGAGACAACGUUAGUGGCCUCUCUGCUCCACGGCUCUGUAGAGCUGAAGUGUGAAGCAAAGGGAUCUCCACCUCCAAGCAUCACCUGGUUCAAGGACAAACGCCCUAUUGUGUCCAGCCCCAAAUCCACUUACAGGGAUGGCGGAAGAAGCCUGCAGCUGAGCCGGGUCCAGAUCUCUGAUGCCGGGUCGUACACCUGCAGAGCCAAUAACCCUGCGGGCACCGUAGAAAAGUCUUAUCUGCUGGAGGUUUAUGUUUCCCCUCAUAUCGAAGGAGCAGGAGAGAAACCACUGACCAUUAAGGCCACUUUGGGACGCCCUUUGGACUUGGAGUGCUCGGCCACUGGUCACCCUCCUCCCAUCCUGUCCUGGCUGAAAGAUGGACUUAUGGUGUCUGAGAGAGAUGGAGUGCAGAUUAAAGAUGGAGGCCGGACACUGCAUUUUUCGGCACUAACAGAAAGUGCUCAGGGGGACUACACUUGCAUAGCCAUCAGCCUGGCUGGAGAGACCACCCUACGAUACUCUGUGGAUGUUCUCAUUCCCCCAAAUGUGCAGAUCGGUGACGGUUCAGGACAAGUCACUGUGACAGUAAAUGACGCCCUGGAUCUGUCCUGUCUUGUGACCGGACACCCAACUCCUAGAGUGUGGUGGUUGAGGAAUGGCUACCCGGUCGCAGAUCAGGAUGGACUGGAGGUAUUAGAUGGCGGCAGCACCUUGGCGAUCCGUCUGAUUCAACCAGGACAUGGCGGGAGAUACUUGUGCAAAGCAGAGGGUGAAGCUGGGGUGGCAGAGGCGGCCGUGGAUGUGCUGGUACACAAGCUCCCAUUGGUCACUAUUACUGGCGGCAGCAGCGUAUCUGCAAAACUGCGGGAGCCUGUGACCCUGGAGUGUGAUGUGUCAGGUACCCCACCCCCAGCAGUGACCUGGUGGAAGGACGGACUGCAGGUAGACGCACAGGGAUCCAAGCUGCAGAUCCAGGCGCUGUCCAUUGAUGAUGAAGGUGUCUAUACGUGUGUGGCUGCAAACGAGGCCGGAGAGGGAAGACGGGAUGUGCUGCUGAACGUCCUGGUGCCUCCUAAUAUUGAGCCUACUGAUGUGAACCAUACAGCGGUGGAGAACUUCCCGGCUUCCUUGGAGUGUCUGGUGUCAGGAAGUCCUUCGCCCGUUGUGUCCUGGUACAGAAUGGGGCAGCUGCUGUCUGCUAUGCCUGGUAUCACCCUGCUAAAUGAGGGCAGGACCCUACAGAUUGAGAGAGUGAGUAACUCUGAGGCUGGAGAAUAUGUCUGCGUGGCAUCUAACUCUGCCGGCAGCAGUGAAUUGCUCUACACGCUGGAGGUUCAUGUGCCAGCCCGGAUUGUAUCCAUGAUGGAGCUGGCCACCUUCCUGGUGAACGAGCAGGUCUGGCUGGAAUGUAAUGCCACAGGUUUUCCAGAACCGUCUCUCAUGUGGUUGAAGGAUAAAGUUCCUGUCUCCACAGCAAGUGCUGGACUGCGGAUUUUGGAGCAGGGAAGAAUUCUGUCCAUAUCUGCAGUUCACGUGUCAGACUCUGGGAUAUACACCUGUGUAGCUGUGAAUUCUGCAGGCGAGGACAGCCAGACCACAGAUCUGCAGGUGUUCGUGCCCCCAAGCAUCCUAGGAGAAGAGUUUAAUAUUUCAGUCACCGUUAACCAGCUCAUCAGUCUGGAAUGUGAGAGCAGCGCCAUCCCACCCCCAACCAUCACCUGGCUGAAGGAUGGACGGCCGCUCCCUAAAAGGGCAGGGAUCAGAGUGACCGGGAAUGGACGUUACCUGCAGAUUGAGCAGUCUCAGCUGCGGGAUGCGGGACGAUACACCUGUGAAGCCUCCAAUGACGCUGGACGCUCCGAGAAGCAUUAUAAUGUCAUCAUCUGGGUGCCUCCUAAUUUCCCAGCUUCCCCAGAGUCUCCCAUGUCGGUGAUUGAGGGGCAGCCAAUCAGCUUUGCCUGUGAGUGUCAAGGGUCUCCACCCCCAGUACUCACCUGGAUGAAGAAUGGGUUCCCCAUCGAGGAAAAGGAACAUGCUCAGGUUUCCGCAGGGGGAAGAUUGCUGCAAAUCAGCAGGGUCCAAGUGUCCAAUGAAGGAGUAUACAGCUGUGUGUGCAGCAAUGAGGCCGGGAGCAGCCAGCGAGAUUACGUCCUGGAGAUCUACGCUUUGCCUGUCAUAGCCGGGAGCAGCCAUGUACCCCAGCAGGUUUCAGCCACAAGGGGCAGCCAGAUCACCCUGGAAUGUAUCAUCAGUGGGAAGCCCACACCAUCGGUGACAUGGCUCAAAGAUGGCUUCCCACUGGGCAGCGGACCAGACCUGAUCUUGAAGAAUAAAGGUCAGCAACUGACCAUAACCCGCGCACAACCGCCUCAUUCAGGACGCUAUGUCUGUGUGGCCGUGAAUGCGGCUGGACAGACAGAUGUGAAAUAUGACCUCAUGGUGCAAGUUCCACCUGAACUUGCAAACUCGCUGACAGAGUCCCAGAACUUGUCAGUCAUCCUGCACAGCACCAUCACCCUCAUCUGUGAAGCCAAUGGGAUCCCUCCUCCAACCAUCACAUGGUACAGAAAUGGCGCCCCACUGACCCCACUGGGGACCACUCACGUGCAGUCAGGAGGUCGGGUCCUCAAAGUGUCACAUGCACAAAGAGAAGAUGGCGGAGUCUAUACCUGUGUGGUCUCCAAUGCAGCAGGAGAAGCCAGGAAGAAAUUCAAUGUCGAUAUCUUAGUGCCACCCACCAUAGGUGAUGAAGACGACAACAAUUUCCGAGUAGCAGAAGGUCGGCCCAUUCGUCUUCGCUGCCGGGCUUCAGGACACCCGGUGCCCAGAAUCUCCUGGUUCAGAGAUUCCCAGCCAGUUCAUAGCGGAGACGGCAUCCUUAUCUCACCGGACGGCUCUGAGUUGCUCAUAGAGGCUGCCAGUGUCUUCACUGCAGGACAUUACAGCUGUCUGGCGGUCAAUCCUGUUGCUGAGGCGAACAAAUAUUUCAUACUAACCGUUUUAGUGAGCCCCACUAUUUCUGGAAACCUUGAUGAUGGAACCAAUGAAGACGUCAUCGUCAUUGUUAAUAACCCAUUGUCUCUCAUCUGUGAAGCUCUGGGAUUCCCAAUACCUACUGUGACCUGGCUAAAAAAUGGGCAACCAUUCCAAGAAUCUGACAACGUGAAAAUGAUUCCAGGAGGUCAUGGUCUGCAAAUCUUGAAUGCCCAGAAAGAAGAUGCCGGUCAGUACAGAUGCCUGGUAACCAAUGAGAUUGGAGAAGCCGUCCGGAAUUAUGAAGUGAAAGUUUUCAUUCCUCCACAAAUCACCAGGGAAGCCGGGGAGAGUCACGGCACCAAGGAAAUAAAAACAAAGGUGAACAGCACUUUAACCCUUCAGUGCGAGUCUCGGGCGGUGCCUAAACCCAUCAUACACUGGUAUAAGGAUGGACAGCUGCUGGAAAGCUUUGCUACAGUGCAGAUCUUAGGUGAUGGACAUGUCCUCCAGAUCCAGCCUAUCCACUUCUACGACUCCGGGCGCUAUACAUGUGUGGCCACAAAUGUCGCAGGAGAAGAUGAGAGAGAAUUUACAGUGAAUGUUCAGGUGCCACCAAUAUUUCACAGGCCCGGGGCCCCCAGCGCUGCAUUUGAAGUUGCGUACCGAGAGGAUGAGGAGGAGGAGCUUACAGAACAUAGGGAGGUUGUUGCCUCCAAUCCCAUCUCUUUAUACUGUGACACGAAUGCCAUUCCACCCCCAACACUGACCUGGUACAAGGAUGGAAAACUGGUCUCUGAAUCUGAUGGGACACUUGUGCUGCUAGAUGGGCGCAUUCUGCAGAUCCCAGUCUCCCAUGCAGAGCAUGCUGGGAAAUACACAUGCGAGGCGACUAAUGAAGCCGGAAGAGACAGAUUGCAUUAUGAGCUUGUGGUUCUGACUCUGCCUGUUAUGCUCGGAGAGGUGGACGCACUGAUUCAGGAGGUCUCUGUUAUAUACAAUGAAACAGCCGAGUUACACUGUGACGCUACAGCUAUCCCCCCACCAACCAUCACAUGGCUAAGGAAUGGACAGACCCUGACCACUGCUGACAAGUAUGAAGUCCUGGAGGAGGGACGAAGGCUACAGAUCCACUCAGUGAAGGUGACAGAUAUAGACAGCUAUGUGUGUGUGGCAGAGAACCCAGCUGGAUUUGCGGAGCGACUCUUCACCUUGAUGGUUCAUGUUCCUCCCAGAAUACUUGGGGCCAGAAGUGAGAACAUCAGCGCUGUCCUGCAUAGCUCCAUCUCCCUGGUGUGCGACGUGCAGUCUCAUCCAUCUCCAGAGGUGACCUGGUACAAAGAUGGACAGAUCCUUCUCCCUGGCAAACGAUUCCUCAUCAUGCCUGGGGGACAGGUCUUACAGAUUGCUCGAGUUCAGCUCUCCAACCAGGGAAUCUAUAUGUGCAAAGUGCAAAAUCCAGCAGGAUCUGCAGAGAAAAUGAUCCACCUGACGGUCUAUGCCCCUCCAAGUAUCAAGCAGCCACCAUCUGGGACCCAGGAGGCCACACUUCACCUUGGAGGCACCUUAUCAUUAGUGUGUGAGCCUGAUACCGUAAGGGAGUCCACUAUUACAUGGUAUAAAAACGGGCAACCACUCCUCGGGGGCAGCAGCGUCUUCAUCCAGGACAACGGUCAGAGGCUGGAAAUCCGGAACGUGCAGGCAUCAGAUAAAGGACUUUACACCUGUAAGAUGACCAACCUGGCCGGAGAAGCUGAGCUGAGCUACACAGUGGUCAUACAAGUGCCCGCAUCCAUCACUCAUCCACAGAAUGAGACCAUCCAACUGAUAAUCGGGAAUUCCAUCGUCCUGUCCUGUGAGGCUGAAGGCUCCCCAGCUCCCAGGAUCACAUGGUUCAAAGACGGCAAACCUCUAGAAUACGCCAGUCAUUUGGGGGUGAUCAUAACUGGAAGCCGAUUACAGAUCAACCGUGUACAACCUGCACACACUGGACAAUACACCUGCAUAGCACAGAACCCGCUGUCUGAGUCUCACAAGGACUUUCUGAUGCUGGUACAAGUGGCCCCAAGAAUUCUUGGAUCUGACCGGCCCAGUGAGCGGAUUAUCCAGGUCACACAGGAGGUAACACUCGAGUGCCAAGCUGAGGGCACACCACCACCCCAGAUAUUUUGGCUGAAGGAUGGGAGACCCCUAGAUUCCCUUGGUUUUCCAAAUGUCCAGCUUUCUCCAGAUGGACAUUCCUUGGUCCUCACCUCCGUCAAAACCUCUGACUCGGGUCGCUAUUCGUGUCUGGCUCGGAAUAUUGCAGGAGAAGACACACAGGUUUUCAUCUUGAACGUUCUCGCCCCCCCAGUGUUUGAAUCUGGCACCAAUGUCUCUGAGACUCUCAGCAGUGCGCCUGGAUCACAAGUGUCCCUCGAAUGCCAUGCCAGUGGCUCCCUGCCCAUGCAGCUGACCUGGCUGAAGGAUGGAAAUCUGCUGCCUGCUUCUCGCUUCCUCAGAAUCUCUUCAGGAGGACGUGUUCUUCGGAUAUCCCAUCUGCAGGUUUCAGAUGCAGGUGUUUACACUUGUCUGGCAUCUAGCCCUGCUGGAACCGCAGAGAAGAGCUUCACCCUUCUGGUAGAGUCGCUGCCAGUGGUGGAGCGUUCGGAGAGCACAGAGGAGGUCACUGCUAUUCAAGGAUCAUCUGUCACAUUCACUUGUGAAGCUCACGGGUCACCAUUACCUUCACUGUCAUGGGAGAAAAAUGGCGAGCCUCUGAAUCUUCAGAGUAACCUCCUGCCCAAUGGGCUGGGGACCCGAUUCCACCUGGAGUCCGUCCAUGCUGGGGAUUCUGGUCUGUACUCCUGCACAGCCCUGAAUGCAGCCAGGAAGGUCAGCAAACACUUCCGUCUCAUAGUGCUGGAACCUCCAAGGAUCGAGGGUCCAGCUCAUCCAAUAGAAGUUGCUGUUGUUGUGGAUGAACCUUUGGAACUGAUGUGCAAUGCAAUAGGGUUUCCUGCCCCAGAAAUGACCUGGGAGAAAGAUGGGCGCCCUUUAUCACGACCAGACUUGCUUGCAAAAAACGGGACUGUCCUAAGGAUCGACAGAGUGAAGGUUGAAGAUGCUGGAAUCUAUGUCUGUGUGGCUACCAGCGCAGCUGGAAGAGACUCCCGGGCGACCAGGGUGCGACUGAAAGUUCCUCCCAGUGUCAUUGGUCCCGAAGAACCCCGCUCACUCUGGGUGUCCAUUGGAGGACAGAUGGUCCUGGAGUGUAGGGUGGAAGGAGAUCCUGUUCCAACUAUUCAGUGGUUUAGAGGAGAUACCCCCCUCCAGAUGGACAGACGGGUCCAGAUUCUGUCUAAGGGCCGUUACAUUCAGAUUCACAGCCUGCAGGCCUCUGACAGUGGGGAGUACACCUGCAUCGCCUCAAAUCCAAUAGGCACCACCAGCCUGAAGUUUAUUGUGGAGAUACAAAUUGUGCCGUCCAUCUUGCCUGGACCUUCUGUGGUCAGUGCCUCUGUCAACCAAACAGCCGUAUUGCCGUGCUGGGCUGAGGGGCUUCCCCAACCAACCGUGACAUGGAAAAAGGAUGGGGGUCUGCUGUCCGUGGAGACGUCCAGACUGGAGUUUCUGAAAGAUGGCUCCUUGCGCAUCCCACAAACCCUUCUACAGGAUUCUGGAUAUUAUCUCUGUACAGUCGCUAAUUCGGCAGGAAUGGCUCGUCGCGGGGUAGAACUACGAGUUUACGUUAAUGGUGGCUUCUCAGAAUGGCAGGAUUGGGGACCUUGUAGCAGGACCUGUGGCCAGGGAGUACAAGAAAGAGUCCGGAUGUGUAAUAACCCCCCUCCAGCCAAUGGAGGAAGAGCCUGCAUGGGAAGAGACGUGGACGUGAGAGCCUGCAGUCUGCCACCCUGCCCAGUGGAUGGAGGGUGGACUGGCUGGAGCAGUUGGUCGCAGUGCUCAGCACCCUGUGGUGAAGGAUCCAGACAGCGCACUCGUUCCUGCUUCUCCCCUCCCCCCCAAAAUGGAGGAAAAACCUGCUUUGGGAAGGACGCGGAAACAGAGACAUGUUUGCUGCCACAAUGUCGAGCUGUCGCCUCACGAGUACGGGCCAGUCUCAUUGGCAUUGUAAAUGAUCAAGAUUUCGGACUCUCGUCACUCAGCGCCAACAUGACGGAAAACCCACAGACCAGAGCCACCACUAUCAGCAGCAUCAUUGAAAACAUCCCGCCUUCCAUAGGACCCCUGAUGAAAGUGCUGAUUUCACUGAGUGCCCCCCUCUAUUGGUCUGCUGCAUUCCCCUCUGAUGGCACCAUUAAUGGUUUCAGCCUCACCAAAGGAGUCUUCAAGAAAGAAUCUCAGGUGGAGUUUGCAACAGGAGAACAGCUCCGCAUCACUCAUAUAGCGCGAGGGCUGGACGCCGACGGCACCAUGUGGUUCGAUAUUGUGAUCAAUGGAUUUGUGCCAGAAUCUCUUGCAUCUUCUGAUAUAGUCCUUCAGGAAUUCACUGAGACCUAUGUACAGACUGGAGCCGGACAGAUCAACGCUUGGGCUUCACCGACCUUCACUAAGGACGGCAGUUUUCUGUCCCUUCGCUGUAACCACACAGUGGAGUACAAUCCAAGCCUGGGCCGUCAGAUGAAGAACACCCAGAGGCUGCACAUCAACUCCAUCCGAUCCUCCUACCUUCCCGAACUGGAGGAACUGCAGUUUCAGCUCACGGCUUCACUUCAAGGAGGUUUGAAUGGGGGAGCGUGUCCUGCCGGCUUUGUUCAGUCUGGAGACUCCUUCUGUACAGACAUAGAUGAGUGUGACCUCCGCCGCCCUUGCUCUCACACCUGCCAGAAUAUCCUGGGAGGCUUCAGCUGCUCCUGUCCCACAGGUUACACGCUGGCACUGGAUAACCACAACUGCCGAGAUCUGGAUGAAUGCAGACUAGGAAGUCACCAGUGUCCCUCCGGCCAAGAAUGUGUCAACACGCCCGGAUCGUAUCGCUGUCUUCUGCGCUGUGGACCCGGCUUUCGACCGAACGCUGAGGGGACAUCCUGCGAGGAUGUCGACGAGUGCAGCCAAUCAUCUCCCUGCCAGCAGCGGUGCCUGAACACCAUUGGCUCGUACCACUGUGCAUGUGACCCCGGCUAUGAAAUGAAAGGCACCCGGUGUAUAGAUAUAAAUGAGUGUCUUCGAGGAGUUUGCCUGCCUCAGCAACAGUGUAGAAAUACCCUUGGAAGUUACCAGUGUAUCGACAACUGUCCAGCGGGGACCACGCGAUCAGAGUCUGGAACCUGCAAUGAUGUAGAUGAAUGUCGCGAUGGGUCCCACAUGUGUCGCUACAACCAGCUGUGUGAGAACACCAUGGGGGGAUACCGCUGCACAUGUCCGCGGGGGUACAGGUCCCAGGGUGUCGGGAGACCGUGUCUAGAUAUAAAUGAGUGCCAACAGGUGCCCAGACCCUGCGCGUAUCAGUGCCAAAACCUAGCCGGCAGCUACAAGUGCCUGUGCCCGCCUGGCAAACAGCUUCUAGGGGAUGGACGCUCAUGUGCAGGACUGGAGAGGCUGGGCAAUAGCUCCGGCAUUGGUAUCACUGGAGCCCAGUUUGAGCGACCGAUAACCAAUGGACGUAUUCACGGGAACAAUGUCUACACCUGGCUGUCCUUCAGCCAAAACGGCAACCUCAUCGGCCAAAGCAGCACGGGCCGGUGCCAGACGGGAUUUAUCCGCAGGAACGGGGCUUGUACAGAUAUCGAUGAAUGCCACCAGCGGAACCCCUGCCAGCACGAAUGCCGAAACACAGAGGGCAGCUACCAGUGUCUGUGCCCAUCAGGGUACCGGCUGCUGCCCAACAACAGGAACUGCCAAGACAUUGAUGAAUGUGCAGAGCAGAGGAUCAGCUGUGGACCCAACCAGAUGUGUUUCAACACCAGAGGAGGCUACCAGUGUCUGGACACCCCCUGCCCUGCGACGUACACAAAGGGCCCCAGCCCAGGGAUCUGCUAUCGCCGGUGUCUCACAGACUGCAGUUCGGGCGGCCCUUAUACCUUGCAGUACAAGCUUCUGACCUUGCCUUUCGGGAUACCUCCAAAUCAAGAUGUUGUCCGCCUCAGUGCCUUUUCCGAAGGUGGUGUGCUUCAAAACCAAACCAGCUUCACGGCCCUGGAGCAGAAUUCGGGCAGCCCCUUUGCUCUCCGUGAUGAUGGAGGCCAUGGUAUCAUCUACACCUUGCGCUCACUGGACACUUCAGGGAUUUACCGACUAAAAGUGCAAGCGGCGUCUCAUAGUGAACAGCAGGGGUUACGGUAUCAGAACGUCUUCAUCAUUUACAUCUCUGUCUCUCCAUAUCCUUACUGAUCCCAAAGCCACAAGCUGGACAGUCAAAAACCUAUUGAACUGCGACCAUGGAGCCACCGUCUGAAUACUCCCGACCUCCUCCAUGUAAAAUCUAGUAACUGACUGAUGGUUUUUAUUUUAUAUACAGUGCCAGUAGCAAUAAUGGGUCCUGCCCAGACUGUAAGGUGCCCGCCCUCUCCUGCCAGUCAUUGAGACUAUUAAUAUGUGCCAGUCAUAGGACUGGGGGUCGGGCACCUCCCUGCAGCAGACGAGGCUGCCCUCCAAUGAUGGCGGGCAUUUGGUGCUAUUGUAAAUCCUGCAUUCAGACCCUUCUACACAGUGAUGGAGGUAGACAGUACAUGUGGAGCUCUUGAUACUGCUGCUGCUGACACCCGUGCCUCUCUCAGGGAGUUUUUAUGUCUUUCUGUGCACACAGCCCACCCCCCCUUUACUAGGUCGUGUCAUCACUCUGUACCUGCACAGAAUAGAAGGGCCCUUGUACAUUUACUAAUGUUGCUCUGGUUCUCUGGGGUAGCCUUCUGCAGGUACAACCGACCCAGAGGAAAGAGGGUGAGGGGAUGUCUGAGGAAGACCCUUUACUUCUCAUGCACCUCAAGGAAGCUGCAUGGGCUGCACGCCCCAUAGGAGCCCAGUGGAGAAAGGGUCCCAUAACUGUCCUACAGUGUUCACCAAGCUGUGGCUCUCCAGCUGUUGUACAACUACAGCUCCCAUCAUUCCAAUGCUUCGACAGCCUGCAAGCUAUCAGGGCAUGAUGUCAGUUGUAGUUAUGCAACAGGUGGCGAGCCACAGGUUGGAGAUACCGUUAUGUAGUAGGGGACUAGGCAUUGCUGCAAAUCAGGGAGUGGGGGCACUGGUCUAUGUUAUGGGGGGGGUGCAGGACAGGAAUUCAUUUUAGUAAUUAUACUAAGUGUAUGAGACUUCUGGCGAAUGCAUUACAUUAUUUACUGAUGGAUUAUUUAUUUUUAUGUCCCAAUAAAG